CGUUUCUCCUGAGUUAAUUUCAGAGAUUGGAAAGAGAGGCAGAGAAGAAACAAAAAGAGCAGCGCCUAAUUUCAGUCCACUUUUUUUGUCUUCUUUUUCAAAUCCUCCUGCAGCAACUCCCUUCUGAACAGGCAUGCAGUGCUUUUCGUUUAUUAACUAUAAUUCUCGGGCUCAGAAAGUCGACUUCAUGAACAGCUUAGAAAGGCCUGUAAAAAGCACUAUGAAGCGGUAUGUAAGUCUAAGUGCUAUUGAUAUUUUUAACAUGUACUCUCCAGGGCCAGCGUUCUUCAAGCAUACGACCGACUCACGACGCCCAACUAAAGCAAUCCGCCUCCUUAGCAAUUGCUUGCGGAUCCUGUUUGUUUCCCGACUUCCUUCUGUUUCACAUGUACUCGUGGCCUCGCGAUGCCCCCUCGUGGCCGAAAAUAAAACGAAUGCACUUAAAAGAACGAUUGGGUUCUGCUCGGGUAAUACGGCAGUACAAGAGUAAUCACAACGGGGAGUUACCCCGCUCGCCUCUUUCAGGUUCUCCAAAUAAAAGCAACAUUCCUCGGGCUGCGAAGAGAACCCUUCGGCUGACUUGGAGAUUUCCCCACCCAAGUUAUGUUAAAUGAAAGACGAUAUUAACCGCCCAGGACAGAACAACGAUGGAGCAGCCUUUACUUGUUGACAUACGGCCUGUUGCUUUCCUACUUGGCUUUCAGGACCCCGCGAGAAGGGGGGUCUAAAAAGAAGGAAACCUCCCCUCGGGAAGCGAUUGGAAAAUCUGGAUUGCGAAAAAACUCACCCCGGAUAGUGGCAAGAUUUGCUUCUGCUCUGAUGAUUCUACGCUCCGGGUUUUGCCCGAGGACCAGGGCACCGAAACAGGGGAGUCCAGCGGAAGAAAGAGGACCCGCGACUGCUUAAGAAAAGCAGGGAGAGGAUAAAGCCGAAGCUAACGUCGUUCUCGGUAGUUGGGUGAACAAGGCAGAUAUUACUACAAUGAAACUCAAUGAACGUAGUGUGGUACAUUAUGCCACAUGUGACUCUCCAGCCGAUCAUACUGGUUUUCUGCGUAAGCGAAUGGAGCGCCAUCACCACAACCAUCACGUCCCCUCUUACCAGCGCCGCUGGUUCAUUCUCAAGGGCAACUUGCUGUUCUACUUUGAAGAGCGGGAGAGCAGUGACCCUCUGGGUCUCAUUGUGUUAGAGGGCUGCACGGUAGAACUAUGCGAAGCUGCUGAGGAAUUUGCUUUUGCCAUCCGCUUUGAUAGCAGUGGUGGCAAAUCGUACGUGUUGGUUGCCGACUGCCAAGUUGCCAUGGAGGCUUGGGUGAAGGCACUGUCACUGGCCAGCUUUGACUAUAUGAGGCUAGUAGUCAAGGAACUAGAGAAACAGCUAGAAGAGGCUCAGAGGAGCUUAGCUGCUAGCCAUAAAUCACCAAAGAAACUCUCUUCUGGCCGCAAAAGGCAUUUAUCAAAUCCCAUGAUGAUAUCCAUUCAAGAGCAUCCUAUCGUCUUGGAAAAUGGUUACUCCACAUGGGACAAUAGUUGCACCCUUGCAGAAAUGGCAUGUUCUGAUCUCAGUGGAGGAUUUCUGAAGCCCCCACCUUUACCCCCUCGUCGAAAACUGACAGGUAGUGCUGGAGGUGGAACAUUUUUGGCGGGGUCUGCCUCUGCCACACAGGAAAGUCCAGUAUCUCCAGAGACUGCCUGCUUCUCAAAGUUGCAUAAUUGGUACGGUCAGGAAAUUGCAAAGGUGAGAAGAGAGUGGAUGGAAAGAAAGAAGACAGUAGAAAUAGGAACACACUGAAGAAAAUACAUUUUGCAGGAGUGAGAGAAAUGGACAUUAAGGUAGGUUUCUGCAGGCCUCUUGAACCACUUAUAGAAUCAUAUGGCUGGAAAGGACCUUGGUGGAGGGGGGAGUCUUAUAGUCCAACACUCUGCCCAAGGCAGGAGUCCUUAUUUUACUUGCAGGUUUUACUCCUAGUUUAUAAAAUCUAAGGAACACCAUUAUUGCAUCUUCCAGACUGGAUGAUUAAAAUCUGCUUUCUAUUAUUUAUUGCUACUACAUGUUAUUGCCAGGAAUUUUAAAAACACCAUAUUUGUAAUUAUACACCAUUCAGAAUUCAAGAAGAUAUUUCUAAGAAAUUGUUGUAUCAGCUCAAAAGAGAGUUCCAGACCUUUAUUUCAGAAAAUCUACUUGAUGCAAGAGAAGAACCCACGUGUCAUUUCUUCCUUUUUGCUCCAUGUAAUACUACUAAGUGUAUUUCAUCUGUAUAUUGCAGCAAUUUUGACAGAUGCUGGAACAGUAUAGUAGUGUAGAAAAAACAGAUCAUACAAUUUACACAUUAUAUUUUAAUUAUAGGCAUUUCAUAUACUUUAGAUUUUCAUGCAGAUGAGGACAAAGCUGUGAAAAGUUGCUUCCCUAAGAGCAUCUCAAGAAUUUAUAGUCAAUGUAUAUAUAUUUUUAUUCAAGAACUUCCAUCUCGUGGAAUCAAAUGCAACUCUGGGUAUGCCUUCAGCUGACCUUACCUGUGUUUUUUCUAUCUUUUGGAACUGAAUCUUCAUAUAUAGACAUUGAAUUUAAACAGUUUGUUGGCGCUGAAAAAAAUGACAUAUGACUGUUUUUCACACCAACACCAUUGCAGUAUCCCCAAUGGCUACAUUAUCAAAAUUCAGACACUUGGCAACUGACUCAUAUUUAUGACGGUUCCAGAAUCCGGGGUCACAUGUUCACCUUUUGUGAUAAGCAAAGUCAAUGGGGAAGCAAGAUUCGCUUAACAAACACAUUACUAACUUAACAACUGCAAUGAUUCACUUAACUGUGGCAAACAAGGUUGUACAAUAGGGCAAAACUAAUUUAACAACUGUCUUGCUUAACCAAAAUUUUGGGUCAAUUGUGGUCAUAAGUCAAGGACUACGUAUACUAACACAAAAGGCAGAAAAAGCACAAAUAAGGUUAC